AUGUCAGACCCAUCUUUUGAGAAGCAUGGUGACACUAAAGGCGUCCCAAGCAAUGACGCCGAGGUAGCUGUUGUAGGUGAGGUCUAUGAUGUGACCGACCAUGGUGCAGACUCCCAGCUGAAGCGCCAGCUGGGGUCCCGUCAUAUCAGUAUGAUUGGUCUCGCAUCCUCCAUUGGUAUGGGUCUCUGGCUGGGAUCGGGAACCUCAUUGAUGAAUGCCGGACCCGCCGGUAUCUUUAUCGGUUACCUGCUAUCUGGAAGUAUCAUUUGGAGUGUCAGCCAUAGUAUUGGAGAGAUGGCAAUCAUGUACCCCCUUCCUAGCGCUUUCGUCCAAUGGACCAAUACCUUCGUUGACCAAUCUGCUGGUUUCGCUCUAGGCUGGGCUUACUGGCUCUCAUUCUGGAUCACAAUCGCCAAUGAGCUACAAGGUGUCGUGACAGUUAUGGGCUUCUGGACAAGUGCGGUCCCAACAGCCGCCUUGAUUACAAUCUUCUGGCUCGUCAUUGUCGCCAUGAACGUUGGUGCCGUGAAAUGGUUCGCCGAGAUUGAAGUUGUCGCUGCCACUAUCAAAUUCGGUUUCAUCUUCGUCGUCAUCAUUUCCGGAAUUGUCUUGUCAGCUGGUGGUGGUCCCAAAGGCGGUUACCCAGCACGACCAGGAGGUACUAUUGGCUUCCAGUUUUGGAAUGACAUGCCCUUCCUCAACGGAUUCAAGGGAUUUCUCUCCGUCAUGCCAACGUGUAUCUUUGCCCUAUCUGGAUCGGAGAAUGCCGGUCUCGUCGCUGCUGAGACGAGUAACCCUCUACGAUCGGUCCCCAAGGCAGUGAAGUCGAUGUGGAUCCGGUUGAGUUUGUUCUAUAUUCUUGGUAGCUUGAUCAUCACCAUCAAUGUCAGCCCCCUGGAUGACAACCUGUUUGGCGCAUCUGGCACGAAUGCCAGUCCCUUUGUCAUCAUGUACAGAAAUGCCGGAGUGCAACCUCUCGCUCACAUCAUGAACGCCGUCAUUCUCAUCUCAGUGCUCUCCACUGGUGGUAUCUCAGGAUACGGUGGAUCUCGCAUUCUAGUUGGUUUGUCACAGCUCAGCAUGGCUCCAAAGGUGAUGCAGAACACCGAUAGCUGGGGUCGUCCAUGGUGGGGCCUUGUCCCUACCCUCCUCAUUGGAGGAGGCCUAGCCUACCUCAACGUUAGCGACAGCGGAUCAACAGUAUUUGGCUGGUUUUCUAACUUGACCUCACUGUUUACUCUCUUCGGUUGGGGCAUGAUCUGUCUAUCCCAUAUCCGCAUGCGCGCCGCUUGGAAGGCCCAAGGUCGUAGUGUCGCUGAGCUUCCAUGGAAAUCGUGGGCCUUCCCAUGGUCUGCCUACUGGGGUUUGUUCUGGUGCUGCCUGCUCAUCAUUGUUGAGUUUUAUCUCGCUGUGUGGCCGCUUGGUGAUAAGCCUAGUGCGAAGAACUUCUUCGCAAACUACCUCUCUGUCGUGGCCAUCGUGGUCUUGUACAUUGGAGCGAAGAUCUACUACCGCGGUAGACGGUGGAACAACCUUCUCGAGAUUGAUCUCGAUGGUCCCAGGAGAUUUUAUGCUCCGAAAGAUGCGGAGGGUGGUGAGCGCAAGAGCUUCAUGAAGAAGUGGAUCAAGUUCCCAACCAAGAACUGA